CGCCAUUUCGUCUCGUCCUUUCGACUGCGACGCCCGCUUGACAGAACCAUCUUCGUUCCUCCAACCACAGCAUUCUCGGCCACGGCCACGAUCCGAACCAUGGCGACCGAGUUCAAGCUCAAGGUGAACAGCAUUGAACUGAAGAAUGGUCAGAUGCAAGAGGCUGAGGUCGAAGGCAUUGAAGAGGGCAAGGUCCUUCUCGCCAAAGUAAACAAUGAGGUCCAUGCUCUUUCCCCGAAAUGCACCCAUUACGGUGCUCCUCUGAUUAAAGGUGUGCUCACUCCUGAUGGUCGAUUAACGUGCCCCUGGCACGGAGCUUGCUUCAAUGUUCAAGGCGAUAUCGAGGACGCUCCUGCGAUUGACCCGCUGCACCAAUUCGCGAUCGUGCAGAGGGAUGGUGCUGUGUACAUCAAGGGAACGGAAGAGCAGAUCAAGGCCAACAGGCGGACACUGAACAUCAAGUGUCAAUCACAAGACAAGGAGGACCAAGUGGUCAUCAUUGGUCGCGGCAGUGGUGCAUUCGGUGCAGUCGAUAGCCUCCGUGCUGGAGGCUUCAAGGGCAAGAUUGUCACGAUUGCCGAAGAAGACCACACACCCAUAGAUCGAACCAAGCUCAGCAAAGCCUUGAUCAGUGAUGCAUCUCAGCUAGCACUCCGAACACCAGAAAACUACAAAGACGCUGAUGUCGACAUGAUCACGGACACUGUCACCUCUGUGGACUUUGACAGCAGGAAAGUCAAGACAAAGCAGGGCAAGGACUUCAGCUAUUCCAAACUCAUCCUCGCAUCUGGUGGCACACCCAAUCAGCUUCCACUACCUGGUCUCAAAGGCGAUCUGCAGAAUGUCUUCGUUCUCCGAACAGUACCACACGUACAAGCUAUCCUCAAGGCUGCCGGCGAAGAUGGCGGCAAGAAGGUCGUUGUUAUCGGUAGCUCUUUCAUCGGUAUGGAAGUCGGCAACGCACUCGCUGGUAAGAAGCAUGAUGUCCACAUCGUUGGUAUGGAAAGCGAACCCAUGGAGCGUGUCAUGGGCGACAAGGUCGGAAGUAUCUUCAGAAAACUACUUGAGAAGAAUGGCGUAAAGUUCCACAUGGGCGCUUCAGUCGAGAAGGGAGAAGAGAAGAGCUCAAAGAAUGGUGCUAUUGGUGCCGUUGUCCUGAAGGAUGGCUCAAAGCUUGAGGCAGACCUUGUGGUGCUCGGGGUGGGUGUCAAACCUUCAACAGAUUAUCUCCAAAACAGCUCAAUAGCACUCGAGAAAGACAAGUCUGUGUCUGUCGACGAGUCUUUCGCCGUCAAGGGCGUCAAGGACGUCUGGGCCAUUGGUGACAUUGCGACAUAUCCUUACCAUGGACCUGAUGGCAACGGCAAGCCAGUCCGAAUUGAGCACUGGAACGUUGCGCAGAACGCCGGUCGAAGUGUUGCUCGCAGCAUCAUCGACCCGUCGUCAAAACCCAAGCCAUUUAUUCCUGUGUUCUGGUCAGCUCUCGGCGCCCAACUUCGAUACUGUGGCCACACACCAAAUGGCUUUGACGACGUGAUCAUCCAAGGCAACACCGACGUCAGCGAAGGCAAGCAGAGCUUUAUCGCAUACUACACCAAGGGUGAAGAGGUUGUCGCUGUUGCGAGCAUGAUGAAGGACCCAUACAUGACACAAAGUGCUGAGCUCAUGCUAAAAGGAAAGAUGCCAAAGAAGAGCGACAUUACGAAGGGUGUGGACAUUAUGGAAGUCAGUCUGCCUGCUGAGGUGAAAAUAUGAAUAAGUGUCCACGAAAGAUGACGAGAGAACGAAUAAAGAUUGAAUUGC